CUUCGAGAACUGUAGAGUUAAUAGAUAAGACGCUCUCUCUCUCUCUAGCUGCAUUAGCAAACGUCACUGUGCUCUUUAAGAUCUUCGCUUUCGAUGAUAUCUUCGCUGAGUCCAACUCUAACAGAGCCAAGACUCAUCUCUUCGAUGUGCUCUAUCUCAGCGACUGUUGCUCCUCCGAGUUUGCAUUCAAUCUCUCUGAUUCAUUCACCAAUGAAACAAAGGAAAGCCCAAAGCUUAAGACUCAGAGCUUCUUUAGCGUCGUUAAGUAUCGAUGUUGGCGUCGUGCCAAUUCCCAAAAAGGUGCUUGUUCCGAUUGGAUACGGUACGGAGGAGAUAGAAGCUGUAGUCUUAGUCGAUGUUCUACGGCGAGCUGGUGCUGAUGUCACUCUUGCCUCCGUGGAGCAGAAGCUAGAAGUUGAAGGCUCAUCAGGGACCAAGCUGCUUGCUGAUGUCUUAAUCUCGAAAUGUGCUGAACAAGUUUUUGAUCUAGUGGCUUUGCCGGGAGGCAUGCCUGGUGCUGUUAGGUUAAGAGACUGUGGAGUUUUGGAGAAGAUCAUGAAGAGACAAGCUGAAGAGAAGCGGUUGUACGGAGCUAUCUCCAUGGCUCCGGCUAUGACUCUUCUUCCAUGGGGGCUUUUGACUAGAAAGAAGACAACAGGACAUCCUGCUUUUUUCGGGAAGCUGCCUACGUUUUGGGCUGUUAAGACAAACAUUCAGGUCUCAGGGGAGCUUACGACUAGCCGUGGACCAGGCACUUCUUUUCAGUUUGCUCUUUCCUUGGCUAACCAGCUCUUUGGAGAGACCACAGCCCAAUCUGUUGGAGAGCUUCUGCUUCUACGCGAUGGUUACCAGAAUCCUAAGAUUGAAGAGGUGAAUAGCAUUGACUGGUCUCUAAACCACACACCUCGUGUUCUUAUGCCGGUAGCUAAUGGAUCUGAAGAGGUUGAAGUGGUCACAAUUGCAGAUGUUCUUAGAAGAGCCAAAGUAGAUGUCACUGUUGCAUCGGUUGAAAGAUCUUUGCGGAUUACGGCUUCACGAGGCACUAAAAUUGUUACUGACAAAUUGAUUGGUGAAGCUGCUGAAUCAGCAUAUGAUCUAAUCCUUCUUCCUGGAGGCCAUGCUGGCUCAGAACGUCUACAGAAGUCCAAAGUUAUCAAGAAGCUACUCAAAGAACAACAAGAAGCUGGGCGAAUAUAUGGAGCUACUAACUCUUCAUCUACUGUCCUGCAUAAGCAUGGUUUACUCAAGGAGAAGAGAACAGCUGUGUACGUUUCAGACACAGAUGGGCCUGCAAGUGACCAAAUGAUCGAAGGAGCUGAAGUUGUUAUAGAUGGAAACGUGAUUACAAGUUUGGGGCUCGCAACUGUUACUAAUUUCUCUCUAGCUAUAGUUAGUAAGCUGUUUGGACAUGGUAGAGCAAGAAGUGUCUCAGAAGGGCUUGUGCAUGAGUAUAGAGGGAAUUUGAAAGCAUCUUGAUCAAGAUACACAGUAAGAAGAUGUCUCCUCCUGCUGAUCCUGAAUCUCGAGUGUAUCUACCAGAAAUUUUGCAAUUUAUGUUAGUUUUGUAUAAGAUUUUGUAUUACCAGUUUGAGAUUACAACAUGAUUGAUUCUAAACUUGAAUACAACA